AGUUUUGCCGAUUUGUAUUUUCAGUGAUUCUGGAUAUUUUCGAAAAAAUCGUAAAAAUGAAAUUGGUUUUGGUUUUGACUGUUAUAAUUGCCGGUGUUUUCGCCGCUCCCCAAAGUGCCGACAAAGAUGCUGUCGUAACAAAAUAUAACUCAGACAAUACUGGAAUUGAUGGAUACAAUUUUGAUUUCGAAACGAGUAACGGCAUCUCCCAACAGGAACAAGGUCAACUGACGAAUCAAGGAACAGAAAAUGAACUUAUGAAAGUUACUGGCUCGUAUUCCUUCACGUGGAACGGAGUAACGUACACAGUUACCUACACUGCAGAUGAAAAUGGAUUCGUACCUGUGGGAGAUCAUAUCCCAAAAUAAAAGACUAGCUCAAUCGCGUACCAUUAUUAUUUAAUAUUUUUAUGUAAAUAUAUUUUAUGAAGUAUCAAUAAAUGAUAUGAACUU